AACAAUUCUAGCUGAGCCGGACCGGUUCUCGCCGCGAAUUUGAUUUGCACGAGCAAAAAAUGGAUUUAUAUAGAUUUAUUUUGUGCAAAAUUUAGUUUAGAGAUCUUAAAGAUUAGUCAUUAUUUUAAUAAAGAAAGUGAUAAAUAAUAAAAAUGGCUGCGGUCAAUAAAAGUUACGAUAGUACUGGAGAUGUGGAUAUAGAAUUGAGUGAUUUUAAAAGAGAGAAGAUUAUGAAAACAGUUUAUGAUUACGAAGAGGCUUUGGAUCUUACAGGUCAUGGUAAAUAUAAUAUGGGCUUGCUGAUAGCCUGUUUCGUCCUGAUAACAGCAAUGGGCAUAGACAUCUACGGAGUGGGGAUCAUAGUCACCGCAGCGACUUGCGACCUGCGCAUGAGUUUGGAGGACAUCGGGGUGCUCUCGUCUAUGCCGUUUGCGGGUAUUAUAGUGAUGUCAUACCCCUGGGGUUACUUGUCGGACACUCGAGGUAGAAAACUGGCCCUCGCGUGGGGUAUGGGGGGCAGUUUUGUGGCCGCUCUGCUUAGUAGCCUGGCACCAAAUUGGCAGACCCUGGCUGCCCUCAGAUUCGUCAGCUCCGCUAUGAGCAGUGUGGCCGAGUCAGCCACUUACGCGCUUCUUGGCGAAUGCUGUACAUCAAGAGUGAGGGCCAGAUACAUGUUGCUGGUCACCAGUGCCUUGAUGAUCACUCCGACUAUCUACUAUAUUUGGGCUUACCUCAUCAUGAAGUUGGACUUCUCAGUGCCGUUCCUAUUCGUGGAGUUGCGACCUUGGCGUCUCCUGACCUUGAUCAUGGCAUUACCUUUAGGCCUUGGUGCCGUUAUGCUGUACUUCUUCAGCGAGAGUCCAAAAUUCUUGGCCAACGUGGGCAGGAAUAAGGAAGCUGUGGAGGUUUUGGAGAAAAUGUUCGUGAAGAAUGGAGGGAAAGGCGACUUUACUGUAAAAGAGUUAUUUCUAGAUGAUGACAUGAAGGAAGAAGUUGGGAACUUCUCACUUCAUUCUCUGUACAUACAAAUUGCGCCUCUAUUCAAGCCGCCACUGCUGGGGAGGACCUUCAUAUUGUACUACUUGACCUUCGUCGUUUACAUAGCCAACAACAGCUUCGCGAUAAUCCUGCCAACGAUAUUCAACGUGUUCUUCACAUCGUACGCGACCAGCGCCGCAGACGCAGGUUUCUGUGACCUCUUUGCCAUCGGUGACACUACCGUUGUGGACGAAGUAGCCCAGGAAGUCCCUGUCUGCAAGAACACGAUCAAUGACUUCACGAUCCUGGCGGGCUGCGUGCACGGCCUCUCCUUCUUUAUCCUCAAUGCCGUCAUCUCCCACUGCGCCACCAGGAGAAAGGCGCUGACCAUAGCGAUCCUGACGAUUGCUGCCAUAGCCUCCUUGGCAGUGAACAAUAUCAACCAACCCAUCGCCGGCCUGGUCCUAUUCUACGUGUACCUUACCACGGCUAUGGUCUUCGGGGUGGUGUCUUCAUACUUCGUCGAUCUAUUUCCUACGUCAUACAGAGGCAUGGUGGCCUGUUUAGGCCUGAUGGUGGGGCGGCUCAGUGCUUUCUCCGGGACAAAUGUGGUCAGCCGGUCCAUGUCUGACCACUGUCCGGCGACAAUGUACGGGGCAGCCGCGCUGGUCUUCAGCGGAGUCAUCGCAGCGUCAUUUUUACCUUCAGAUAUCAUCAAAACAAGUUGACAAUAGUUUAACAUGUACAAUAAUGUAAAGUUUAAGUACUUAGAUAAUAU